UUCGCGUAGACGCGCGUUCGAGACGCGCCUUAAAUUAUAAACGUUCGAAAUUCGAAAAUAAAAUAUUCGAUACUGUUUUAUUUUUUUUUAAAGACUGAAAGUAGUGCCAGUGUUUUAUUUUUUUUUAUUUUGUGGUUGUUUUUAGGAGUUAUUUUGUGGGAGUUGUGGACGGAAAUCCCGGGGUUGGAUUCCCUGGGAGAGUAUUGCUAUAGCAACGAGUGACGUCAAGUUCAGGGGCGGUUGGUGCAUUUUUGUUCAAUAAUGAAUAGUUUUUGUUUCAUCUGAUUGUGCGCAUUUGGCUGGCUAUUUUUCUACGUUAUCUUUGGCAAUUGCGUCAGAGCAUAGUUCUCCAGUGACCCAAAUGCUAGGGUUUUAUGGACCGAAGCACUUACUCCGCGAACCAUGAGUCUAAUGGCGUUCAUAAAGUUCGGAUAUACGCUGGUGGUGGUCACCCUCCUGCUCAUGAUAUGGGCUUCGCUGUCUAGAGCAAUAGAAUUACACGUGGACACAGGUCACCCGCCAUGUUUAUUCCAAGCUCUCUGCACCUGUUCGAAGCCAGCUGGGGACCUUGGAAUUGUGACCUGCAACAAUGUGCCCCUGCUGAGGGUACCCUCCACUGUCAACAGCUCCAAGGUCUUCAUGCUGCAGCUCACGGGAAAUCAGAUCAGGGAUUUGGAGCCUCAGUUCUUUCAAGCUACAGGAUUGUAUCGCCUCGCAAUAAACAGUAAUCCUCUGGAGACGAUCCACGAGGAGGCGUUCUAUGGUCUGGAGAAGACGCUGUGGGAAUUGGAGCUGAGAGAAGACAGAUUGACGACUGUGCCGAGUAGGUCGCUGAAGUAUUUGCAGAAGUUACGGAUGCUAGAUUUAACAGGCAAUGAAAUAACAGAAUUAUCGGGCGAAAACUGGAGUGGAUUGGAAAACACAUUGCAAGUCCUUCUUUUGGGCGACAAUUCAAUAGCAAGUCUACCGCUAGACGCCUUCUCUGGUCUACCCAUGCUGGAGACCUUGGAUUUGCAUGGGAACCAUUUAUCCAUGAUUGACGGCGGCGUCUUUAGAGAUGGCAUGAGAAGGCUCAAUAGGUUGCUGCUAAACGAUAACCAACUAUCAUACAUUCCAUACGAGGAGUUAACACCACUGAGGCAGCUCAGGUUCCUCGACUUAUCAAACAAUGUGAUAAAGCAAGUGCCACCUGUACAUGAAGUGAAUGGAAUUAGACUGUCAUUGGAUUCGUUGAAACUGGACUACAAUCUCAUAAGGAUACUCCACCCAACAUCUUUCAAAUAUUUCAAUGUUUUGAACUCCACCACAUUAGACGGCAAUCCUAUCUAUUCGAUAAGAGAGGAUGCGUUCCGGAACGCCAAAAUCAAGUCGCUAUCGCUCCGAGACUGUGGACUAUCGGACUUGUCCCCAGCUGCCUUCGCCGGUCUCGAGAACAGUCUGCAAAGUCUUGACCUGUCUGAAAACAACUUGACCACGCUUUCGAAGUUCAUGCUGAACAAACUCGACUCGUUGAGGUUCUUGAAUCUGAGAGAGAACAGGGUUGAUAUGAAUUUAUUAACGUCAAACAUACCAGCAGAAUAUGCACAGUCUGGCUUCAACAACUUCCAAUACAAAUUGUUCUCUUUGGAUAUAAGUGGCACUUCACCUAUGGAGAUGAGCCUUCAAGAUUUUAGAAGGAUGAGAUCUCUACGAGUUCUUUCACUAAGCAAGCUGAUUAGACAAAGUAUACGUGCGGAAGACUUUCUGGAUUUUGGAGUCGAAAUAGAAGACUUGAAGAUUAUCGGAAGCACUAUUCUCAGGAUAGACUCUAGUGCCUUCCAGCAUGUUAGAACGAUUAAGACCUUGGAUCUGUCGGAGAAUAACAUUGAAUUCAUUGAUCCUUUUGCAUUCGCUGAGUUACACAGUCUAACAACGUUGAAGAUGGCGAAUGGUUUAGCGGACACCGUGAAGAUACUGCCGUUUGAACCCCUAAAGGCACUAAUCGAACUUCAGCACUUGGACCUUAGUAACAACGAAUUGAAGAAUGUUCCAGAUACGUCCUUCCAUUUCUUGUAUAAACUUAAGACUCUAAAUUUACAAGACAAUGACAUUGAUCAUUUCUCCAAAGGGACUUUACAAUUCGAUAUACACGGGCAACUCGAAAGUAUUUGCUUAUCCCAUAAUCAAUUGAGGCAAGUGGAAAUGCACACGUUUGUAGAUCUUAAAGAACUACAACAGAUUUCUAUAGAAGACAAUUUGAUUGAGACAAUUCAAAGAAGAGCAUUCACCGGCCUUGAUAACCUAAAGGUGAUCAAAUUGAGAGGGAACAGGAUUUACGGUAUUAGUGAAGAGGCCUUCCAAAAUAUACCUGCUCUUAAAGAGUUGGAUGUCUCUUUCAACCAACUCGAUACUUUCAAAUUCUCCAUCUUUGACCAAGUGGGCUCAGCCACCGCUUUGAAAGUCAACGUGUCAUACAACCGAAUCGUAUCACUAACCGAUUCCAAUGCACCUAAUUUCUUCACCAACAAUUUCUAUCCGCCAAAGGCUCAAAGCAUGGUUUCUGGGGAUGAGUUUAACGCGGAACAAGGUACAAUUUCUGUUAACAUCAGAGUGUUGGAUUUCUCUCACAACAACAUUACAUAUAUCGCACCGUAUUACUUUAGACACGCAGAUUUAACACUAUCUGAGCUAUACCUAUCCCAUAACAUGCUCAGAAAUAUAACUCGCGAAGUAUUUGGAUCGAUGGUGAUGUUGCAAUAUCUGGAUUUAUCUCACAAUUUUAUAUACCAUUUGGAGUUUGAUUGCUUCGCUAAAGUCAAAGCAUUGCAGAUUCUGGAUCUUUCACACAACUAUUUGACCAACAUGCCGCUUGAAAUAUUCCACGACAUGCAAAAACUGGCCGCAUUGGAUUUAUCUGACAAUCGCAUUCGGGUAUUACCGGACAAUUUGGUGAUAUCAUCUCAAUUAGAAAGAUUGGAUCUUUCAAACAACUAUUUGUCUAGGAUUCCUACAAAUAUUUUGGCACCCGCAGCGGCAGCCAAUCUCGUGGAACUAGAUCUUAGUGGAAAUACAAUACCAGCACUCCCUAUAUCGGAUUUGGUUCAGAGAUUCAGGAGCCCCGAGCAGGCCGAGUACUGGCCCGAGGAGCCCGACUACAGCGACGAGUACAUGUACCACACGGCUAGGCGAGACCACACCAGAGUGUACCACCAAAAAAAACAAAACCCGCAGAAUAUAUUGUAUAAGUCACUCGCCUGGUUGGAUUUAUCAGACAAUCGUCUGGUGCGCAUCGAAGAAGGUGCUUUUACGGCAUUGCCAAGGCUCCGUUGGCUUGAUCUUAGCAAUAAUCAACCAUUCAAUAGCGGCGAACGAGGAGUAAGCGUCUUCAAAGGCCUUGAGAGAAGGUUAUUCCAUCUCAUGCUGAAAAACGUCAGCCUUUUAUCUGUGCCUUCAAUGCCUUUACCAAAAUUGAGGAGUUUGGAUAUGUCAUAUAAUAAUUUGCCAUCGAUACCACCAGAUUCUAUGGCAAAUUUAACGAGACUUCGAGUUUUGGAUCUAUCCUAUAAUGAUCUAGCAACAGUUCCCGUGGCAACACAUUCUCUGAACGAACUACGGUGGCUUUCGUUAUCGGGUAACCCUAUCUCAGCACUAAUGAACACAAGUCUAUACGGAGUAUCUCCUAAACUAGAGUAUCUGGAUGUUACUCGACUUAGAUUGCGAAUUCUCGAGCAUGGUGCUUUUAGCAAAAUGUUUGCUCUAAAAACUCUCAAAGUCACGUCUUUCUCGAGUAUAAGGGAAUUUAAUGUACCAAGAAUGUUAACAUACAAUGCAGCCCUAGAGAAUCUCUUUAUAGAAGUGGACGGUUCUACCGUAGAAUUUGGAAGAGAACUGAGUGCUCAGUUACCAUGCAAAUUGAGCAAUAUUACUAUUACAGGAAGAAGUUUGAGAUAUCUUGCUCCUUACUUGUUACUUGGUGUACACUCAAAAGAUCUUAGACUCACAAUAUACAACACCAGCAUAGAAGAAAUUCCCAGUGAAGUAUUUUGGAGUCCUGGCCGAGUGAGGAACUUGACUCUUGAUGUCAGAUCAAACUACAUCAUGAAAGUAUCCAACCCUGGUCAGAAACCAUGGCCGGGUGUGCCGAAUAAUGUUUUCCUACAAGACAUAUUAGUUGCUGGCAAUCCGCUUAAUUGCGAUUGCGGCAUUGGAUGGAUUGAAGCGUGGGAUCGCAAGCGGAGACAAUAUCUGUGUCCAAACCCCUUCAAUUGCGUCGGCACUCGAGAUGACGUCAGAUUUGCAACUUGUCCUUACUACGAUAACAGAACUUUAAAUGAUGUUCUAUCUAGAGAACUCGACUGUAGCUGGAGUCGAGGAUUUUUGAGUUCACCCAAUCUUUUGAUUGUCUUGGCAAUGACAAUUGCAACGUGCCUAUAUAUAUGAGGAUUAUUUUGGCUACUUGAGGUGUACGAAGAAUUUAAUCUCAUAUUGGCCAGGCUGUAUAACUUUUAGAAACUUUUCUGCGAUUAAUUUAAAAAUAUUUACUGCAAUAAAAGAUUGUUAGAAAAGAUCUAAAAGAUGCUUAGCUCAAUGCGAAGCGCUCGUUCAAAUAGAUUUAAAGGUGAUAUGUAUUAAAUGUACAUACAAGAAUUAAUUAUGAUUUAACAUCUUAUUUGACCAAGUGAUAAUGGACAGAAGUGAGAUGUGUACCUGUCAGGGGCCUAGCUGAGAAAUUGCUCGAGUGUUUGAGAAAAAUGAAACAAAUCCUGAAAAGAAUUGUAUUGGACAAACGUGCUUGAAUGUUAGAUGUGAGAUAAUAUGAAAAGUGACUUGUUUAUAAGUGAUUGCAUAGAUAUCUAGAGAAGCCUACAAAAAUGUGAUUUAUCGUUUUAAAGAAAAGCAGAAGUGUGAUCUCAUGGGAUUGAUUCAAAAACUGUUACUUUAUUCUAUUAUUCUUGUUAUAUAUGCACUUUGUGUUCCCCAAAUACCUUUUUUGAGUGUUUAGUAAAUUAAGAAUUUGAUUUCUUUUCUUACGCAUUUUGUGCACUGUCUUACAAAAUGACUUCUGUAUUCUUGAACAGACCUUUUUUAAAUAUAAUGUCCAAUUUUCGCAUGCUGGUUAAUGAGAACUAAGUAUAUGUGUAUGAAAGUGCACUUAAUGUGUUUUAGAAAUUGCAUUUACGUGGUUUUAUAAGAUAAGUUCAUACGAAAGCAAUGACUUGAUUAUGAUCAUCUAAGUAGACUGCAUUCGCUCGAAUGAUAUGUGUUCGUCCAUUAUUAAUAUUAUUAGAUGUAUUUGUUUGUGUAUUAGAAAUCUUUAGAUAUAUAGGGAUCGAGAUCAUUAAUAACUGUUCACAAUCUUUUUUGAUAAACAUUAACUAUAUUUUAAUCUUUAUCGCCAUCAUUAAUAUAAACUCCAUUUAUCAAUUCAGAAUCUAUUAGGUUCAAUUUAAUAAACUAUGUACAAAUAUUGAAAUCAGUGCAUUUUUCAUAGUGUCGCAUUUGAAUCGACUAUUUAUUAAACGCUUUUCUAUAACUAGGCUAUUUUCAUUGUUUAGCUGUUUACAAAUUCUAUCUGGUUACUCGUUGGAUAAACAUAUUUUAUUACAUACAUCUUUGUGUCAGUCAGUAGGUAUUAUGUAAAAGCAUGAUGUUACCUAGACGUUUACUUAAUAAGGCAUCAGCAGAGUUAUAUGUAUACGGAUAUGCAGUUUUGUUUAUAUUGGGUUUUCUGAUAUAAAUGACACUUUACAAAAGUAUCUCUGCUGUUGCCUACGCAUCUUAAUAUAGAAUUUUAAUGGACUGAAAUUAGGUGUUUCAAAACUACGUCGCUGGUUGUUGAUAAGAAAUGUUGUUCGUAUAUUGUCUAAUGUGGCUUAGUGAGCAUUUUAUUUAUGUUGCUGUUACAAAUUUUUCUUCUAUUUUAUUUUAUACAGUUUUUGAUACACAACUAUAUUUUCUUAUGAUGCUGCUUUAUUCAAAUGUGAUAAUAGAUGCAUGUUGAUGAUUGAAUAUUUUUAUUUUUUGUUUUUGAAAUUAAGCUUUAAGUUUCUUGCUAGAUGAUUGUUUUUCCAAAGAAUUCAAUUUGAAUACCUCUUCUUCAGUGGUCCAGAUACGGUGUCAGGCCUAAUUGUUGACUUUUGUUUUCAAUGCCAUUUAAUUACGUUCAAAUACAAUUCAGUCUCUAUAAAAAUUUGUCAAAUGAGUUAGAUUUGAUUACAUUUUUUUAUUAAUAUAACUUUAUUAAUUUUGUGAGAUAGGUACCUAAUAUUCCGUACAAAUUAUCUUUUCUUGAUAAAUUUAUAUGGUAUUGAAAACAAAGGGAUGUCGUUAUAACAAUGAAUAUAUUUUGUGAUAUAUAUUACUCUAAUCCUUCUAUUUUUGAUAAAGCCUUCGAUGAAUAUUGCUGACUUGAACGGGAAUUGUAUUGUUGAAUAAAAUAUCACUAUUACACUGCUUAUUAAAUAUUUCUUGUUCAUCUAAAUAUUAGUACGUUAAAGAGUCCAGUAAAUAUUACUGAUUUUUUCUAAAUAUCGGGAAGAAAAUAUGAAUUAAGUGCCAUAAUUGAUAAUUAACUAUGUAACCUGCACGGGUCUUGCAUCUACAAUCAGUUAAUCAUAAUUCUAGAUUUAUUCAAAAAUAAAUUAUAAAAUGAAAGUUUUUUUUUUUUUGAAGAAAGUAGUCUUUAAAUUUUUAUGUCAUUGUUCAUUCGUGAUAAGGUGACAUAGAAUAGAAUCUUUUGGAUUUACUGGACACUUUGAUUUGGAUUUUUUAGGAAGUGAUUGGCAUUUACAAUUUAUUUUAUAGUUUUCUUUAUACAUAUUAUUUAGUUUAUAUUGAGAGUACUAUAUAAAUUGAAAGCAUGCUAAUGGUUUGUGUUAUUUUUCGAACAAACUAAAAAAAAUAUUUUAUUAACCAGUGUUUAUUAUAACUACUUCAAUAUGUAAAGUGUUUGAUAAAUGCCAAUUACUCAACUCAUAUCGCUUAUAGGUACAUUGUCAAUUCUCAAUUCAUUCAUACAUAGUUUAAGGAUAACCUUAAUGAUUAAAAAAUAAAGCAGAAUUUUUAUCAUUAUUUCGCCUAGAAUUUUAUAUCCUAAUUAGUCGAUGGCUCAGUAUUCUUAGAAAUAAUAAGAAGUAAACAAAACAAUACUCUAUUUUGUAUGCAGUAGGUCUUUUUUGGUAAUAACAUCGUUAUCGAAUGCUUUUACAUUGCUAAAUAAAAAAAAAUCUAGCGCUUCUUGUUAUGUGCAUCUGUAAAAUUCCUAAACCUUUGCAAGGUCCCAUUGUGAUAGAAAUAGUUAGUGCCAAUAAAAAAGUAUAUACUUCCAUAAAUAGAUUUAUGUAAAAUUUAUUAAAUCUCUCUCAAAGAUAUUAUUCAAUUGUCCAUUAUUUUCCGUACGAAUUUUACUUUGUAAAUUUAAAGCAGAAAUUAUAAAAUCUAAGCGAGUAUAUUUCAAAUUUCACCAAAUCAAAAAACGUCUCUUACCAAUGAGUAUUUCAAAUAAAAAAUUGGUUUACUAACAACCUUUAAAAGUACCUACCUACUUAACUGACGUUAAAUUGAGUAUUAAAUAUUCAUUCCAGUUAAAAAAAAAUCUUCUCAAAUGUUUGAAAUAGUUCAAACAUUUUUACAUAAAAUAUAAAUUGAUUGACAGAAGGAUAGAUAUAUGACUUUGAUGCAGGAACGACAGAUAUACAUACUUACAUACAUAUGAUCACGUCUAUAUCCCUAGUGGGGUAGACAGAGCCACCAGUCUUGAAAAGACUGAUAGGCCACGCUCAGCUGUUUGACUUAAUGAAAGAAUUGAGAUUCAAAUAGUGACAGGUUGCUAGACCAUCGCCUAAAAGGGGAAAGGGAACGACAGAUAUAUAUGAUAUAAUAUAUGGUAUAAAUUUUAUAGCUGUCAUUCUUAUAAUUUUAUAUUUCAUGAUUUUGUAUGAUAAAUCAUAAACAGAGAAGAACUUACAAAUUUCGUUUUAUUUCCUUUUAAAAGAUAUGGUAAUAACAAAAAUAAUGUACUUCGUGUACUUCACAUCACUUUAUUUAUUUUAACUUCAUUAUUGUCAUAUUGUUAUUUUGUAGAAAUAAAAUAUUUAGUUUUAAGUUUGAAUAUUUCAAACAAAUUGAGCAUCCUCGAAGUUAAAAAUGUAUAAUUUACUGAUAACUAUUUAAGAAAAAACUUGUUUAAAAUUGUUUAUUUUAAAUUAACAAUCUGUAAAUAUAUUUACCUAUGUAUAAAUUGUGAAUCCUAAUACAUUUUUUCGAAAAUACUUGCUAUUUUUUGUUUGGGUAGUAGAACAACGACAAGUA